CCCAAUCACUUUAUAACGAAACACACGUUUGUGAUUUCAGUUAAUAUAUGUGUAAUUUGAGAUUGAGGCUAAGCAGUAAGCACGAACAGACUGCUGCAAUUCAUUCUUUCCUACUUCCUUAUGUUCGCCGCUCUCUGUGCUCUUGGCUACAAAUCUAAAUUCAUCCUCUUGAAUCACUUUCUUUAUUUUAACAGUUAGGCAUCAAGGCUCAAAGCUUCUAUUUGCUACCAACUGGUCCAAGUGUAGGUUUUAAGGCUUAAUAAAAGCUUCUGCUUGCUACCAAGUUUUCCGAUAGGUCUUUAGUGAUAAUCGUGCCCGGUUAGAGAAAAUAUUUCAAGGUUAAGAGUGAAGUCCUGUUGGGAAUUGUUUGCUCUUUGGAAUACUCUCGAGCAUCUAUAAUCACUGACAAGUAAAAGAUAAGGUGAGCAAAUAUCUGUGACGACCCCAAUCGGUUUCUUCUCCACGGUAAUGCUCAAGAGUAUAUUUUUGUGGACAAAAGGAGUUGUAGCUUAGUAAAGGAAAGAAGGGGGGAAAGAAACAAAGGAAGGUAGACUCCAUAAUUCGAAAGCUUCAAAUUAAGCUGAUUGUCCUAGGUUUGGAGAUGGAAAGCAGUAUAAAGAAUGAACUCUACCCUGACACCUUUCAUAUGUCAAAUCUUCAAUCAAGUCUUAGGUCGACUAGUGAUACCGGAAACAAUGAUUCACAUGACAGCGAAUGGGACGACGUGUGGAAUGAUGAUGGAGAUUUGUGUCAUGAUUCUACUGAUAAAUUGGAUAAAACAUCUGAAAUGGACAGGGAAUGGCAGAGGCGGCAUGACCAAUUCCAUACUAUUGGAUACCGUGAUGGUCUUAUGGCAGGGAAAGAAACUUCAGCACAAGAGGGAUUUAACAUCGGUUUUAGGCACUCUGUAUAUGUUGGAUACAACUGGGGUCUUGUCAGAGGUAUCACUAGUGCUUUUGCCUCUCUUCCUGAUGGCUUGAAAGAAAGAAUGGUUGAUACUAAGGAAAUCCAGUAUAAGUUCCAACACUUACACGAGUCGGUGCAAUCUCGUUCAACAAUGGAAGUGCUUAAGGUGUUCCAUGAUUAUCUGUCAAAGAAAUCGGAAGAGAGUGGUAAAGAUGAUAAAUCCAGCUCCUGCUUGGCCGAUGCCAAUGACCUCAUCCCCGAUGACUAUCUUCUGGACCAUUACCAGAAAGAGCUACAAUCACUUAUUGAUGAAUCAGGGCUCAAAUUGCACUUAGACGCAAAGCAAUAGCUUUUCCUUCAGAAGUGAUGUUUUUCCAUCAUACUCCUAGAAAAUUGCAUUCAGAAGAAAAAGGAUAGUAUACUUGAAUGCAUAGUUUGUAUCUGGAAUAUUUCCAUUUUCUAAUAUUAUAUGCAAGGUUUAAGUUGAAGUUGUGUGGCAUUUUGAAGAGAAAUAAAAAAUUACUUUUUGA